AUGUGGUUCCGACAGCUGGUCCCUACAGUGCCACGGAUCAUGCCUUUUUAUGCCGUUGCCAUAGGCCGUCAGGUGGGGAUUUUUAAGACAUGGCCCGAAUGCCAAGCGCAGGUAAACGGAUUCACCGGUGCUCGGUUCAAGAAGUUCUCGACGGAAAAUCAGGCAAACGAAUUUAUUCAGCAAAAUAAGGGUGGCGGCAGUGCAGAUGUUACGAAAGUUACAGCACAGCGUGUUAAACGGAGUGCCUUGGCGAUAGCCGGCAAUGAGGAACCGUUGAAAAAGCAACCCAAAAGGACCAUACUGCUCGAAGAGACACCGAGUCCUGGGUGUAAGAUGGUAAAGUACGGUGACCACAGUUUUCUGCAGGAUGACGAGGGUUUCGUUCAUGUCUACACUGAUGGAUCCUGCGAGGGUAACGGAAGGCCAGAUGCUGUGGCCGGCCUGGGAGUGUACUUUGCCGAAGGACACACACUUAACACAUCGAAACCGGUUAGUGGACGCGCGACGAAUAAUUGCGGCGAGAUACAGGCUGCUUCGAUGGCUAUCCGCUUGGCGCGCUGGAACGGCAUCAGAAAGCUGGUGAUCAACACGGAUUCGCAGUUCCUGAUCAACGCGAUCACGCAGUGGCUGCCGGGAUGGAAGCGACGCAACUGGACGCUGGCUAGUGGUGGGCCGGUGAAAAAUAAGACUGAUUUUGUGGAGCUGGAGCGCGAACUUAGCUCGGGUGAUAUCGUGGUUAAGUGGAACCACGUUGACGCGCACUGCGGUAUCCUGGGUAACGAGCGAGCCGAUCAGUUGGCUCGCAAGGGCUCGGAAAUGUAUCGGGAGCAACGAAGAAACCAGCAGGAUUGUUGA